AUGGUUUCUUGGUUCAAAAAGCCGAGCCUGGAGGAUCAGUUGUUCGACUUGAAAUUUACUUCGAAACAGCUUCUUGGUUUUUCAAAGAAAUGUGAGAAGGAGGAAAAAGAUGCCAAAGCACAGCUCAAGAAGUCUAUUCAAGCUGGCAACAUGGAUUGCUCACGCAUUUAUGCAGAAAAUGCCAUCCGAAAAAAGAACGAAGCCCUCAAUUACAUGCGAAUGUCUUCAAGAAUUGAUGCAGUCGCGGCUAGAGUACAGACGGCGGUAACCACACAAUCUGUCACCGCUUCAAUGCGAAAUGUUGUGAAUGGUAUGAAUGCUGCCAUGAAAUCAAUGAAUUUGGAGAAGGUUUCGAACUUGAUGGAUCAGUUUGAGAAAGAGUUUGAAUCUCUUGAUGUGCAGUCCCAGGUAAUGGAAGGUACCAUGAAUAACACUACAUCCUUGAAUGCUCCAUCGAACGAAGUUGAUAGUCUAAUGCGGCAGACUGCUGACGAGGCUGGGAUCGAAUUGGACCUGAAUCUACCCAGUGGAAUCACUUCUACAAUUGGGGCUCCUACUACAUCGGUACCUGCCGAAGAGCAGGAAUUAUCGGACCGUCUGGCUCGCCUUCGUCAAAGCUAA